CCUUUCCUAGCUUUGUCAGACAAGCUGCAGCUAAGCAUCCAAAACUCUCUUUCAUACCCUUAAACAACAGGACUCUUGUGAAAAAAGAAAGGAACAUCAUGGAUUGCUAUGGAAAGUAUGCUGUUGUCAUUUGUGCCAUGUUAGCUAUAUCUCUGAAUAUCUUUCAGUCAUUGCCAGAGGAAGAGUUUAUGGUACAGGAUUGUACUGAAUGUAAACUAAUCUUGAACGCUCGCAUGACCAGAUUGUUCAGCGGCAGGCCUGUGUACCAAUGUGCAGGAUGUUGUUUCUCAAGAGCUUAUCCAACUCCCAUGAGGUCCAAGAAGUCCAUGCCCGUGCCAAAGAACAUCACUUCAGAAGCGAAAUGCUGUGUGGCAAGAGCCUUCAGAGAGGUUUUCAUUCCAAAUGAUGGAACUAGGAAGAUUGAGAAUCACACUGACUGUCAUUGCAGCACCUGUUACUAUCAUAAAUCUUAAUUCCUCCACAACUGGACAACAUAUUCCUCUGCAGCUGGACAACAGAUAGCUCAGAAUGAAGUUUUAUCAUAUCAUAUAUUUUUGUUUUCCUUAGAUUUGUAGUGAAAUCAUGUAUAUUCUUAGGUUUUGUGAUAUGGAUGAUCCUUCCGAUCAGCAUGUUAUGAAUACCCUGCUGUUUGCUCUCUAUGUGCUUUGCCACACAUCUGGAUAAACAGAAAAAUAUACCUUUCUUCUGGGAGUCAAAUAUAGAGUUUGCAUGAUAACCAAAGCCUUGUUUAUUUUGUAUGUCAGGUAUACAUUGAUAUAGGAUUAUGGUUUUCCAAGAGAAAAGACAAAUAGAGUCAGUGGAUAUAAUUUUUCAUCCCAAAAUUAAUUUCAAGUGGAGGAAACUUCUACGUUUCAUGCAUUUAUUCUUUUUUUUCCCCCUCUGUAAGACUUCAGUGACACAGUCUUAGUGGUGCUAGACAUGGAAAAUGCUCUCUGAUGCAA